UCAAGUACGCUCGAAGGUUUAGUUUCGUUACACCAUUUCCUAUCAAAAUGACCAGUGUUGUAAGAGUGACAGUUAGAUGUCUUUCCACCACAUUUCUUAGAAGUUCUGAUCGUCUAAAUGCAGAGAAAGCAACACAUACUGGACAGAUAGCUCCUUAAGUUGUAUGUCACAAUUAAAGGCCGAUGUUUACUGUCCGGACAUCAACGAAUGGUAUCGCCCGUGCGAGGGAAGGCAGGAGUACACUCAGUACGGACUGCUAUCAGUCAUCUCCAAUUACUACCCGAACAAAAGAUCUGGUCUAAAGAAGAUUAUCGCAGGUUUCGUUUUGUGGGACGAGAGAAACUGGUCAACCCUAGCUUUGCUGUCAACAUAAUUGCGGAAGAUCCAGUUGUGGUUGUUGACAGCAACCAUGUAUUUAGUAACAGCGGAGGAGCACUAGGUCAUCCGAAAGUCUACAUAAAUCUUGAUAAGCCAGAGGGUGGAGUGUGUGGAUAUUCAGGCAAAAAAUUCAUUCAGGCUAAGUUUUACAACACUAAUCAACAUGGGCCCUCCAUCUCUUAUGAGGAAUAUCUGAAGCAAAUACAACAUUAAAUGUUACAAACCUUUUUAUGUUGUUCAAUAAUAUGUAGGAAAUUUGAGAUAGCAAUAGCAGAAAUGUUUUAUUAAUUUUGUUGUUAUAAAUCAUAAUCAAAGGCAGUGUUAGUAGAUUUUUGAACAUGAAGUGUUUACUGUUUGGUGGACAAAGCAACUACUUCUAAUUCAAAAACCACAGUUUAAAGAUUCUUCUUUUGAAAAUGCUAAACAUAACUGCAUGAGUUAAAAUUAGCUUUUAAAAGUAACCAGUAAAUCAGUGGAACUGUUUAUGCAAAGGGCUGUUAAUAUAUGUAUUUUUGACAGCAACAUAGUGGGGGCUUAAACAUAAGCAUGCAGUGUGUAUAUACACAAUGUAGGUGCUGAUCUUUGGCUACAUUACAAAGAUAAACUGAGAGACUUCAAUAGUUUCAUUGAUUUCAUUGUACAUUAAGCUGCAGGACUCAAGCAGAAGUCAUGCUAUUUUGAGUAGAAAAGGGAAAACAUUUAGGAUUCUUUCACAGAUUCUAACAACAAAACUUAAUAAAGUUUGAAGUUUCUCACAAAGAA